AUGGGCCGGCUUUCGGAUGCCACCAACAUUACUCAACCGCCUUCAUACUCGAAGAAGUUUGUCGUGGUCGGUGACGGAGGCUGCGGGAAAACAUGCCUGUUGAUUAGCUAUGCCCAGGCCCUUUACAGGCAGGAUGAGCGGCUGAUCAAGCGUCCACAGAAAUAUGUGCCGACCGUGUUCGAGAACUACAUCACUCAGACCUCACACAAGCCUUCAGGCAAGACAGUCGAACUUGCACUAUGGGAUACAGCAGGACAAGAAGAGUACGACCGACUGAGGCCACUGUCAUACCCAGAAACAGACCUUCUUUUUGUCUGUUUCGCGAUUGACUGCCCCAACUCCCUGGAGAAUGUCAUGGACAAGUGGUAUCCCGAAGUCCUCCACUUCUGCCCGACUACUCCUCUCAUCCUUGUGGGCUUGAAAUCAGACCUCCGGACCAAGCGUACCUGCAUUGAACUCCUGCGCACCCAAGGACUCACACCUGUAACACCAGACCAAGGAGCUGCGGUUGCUCAACGCAUGGGCGCCAAGUACAUCGAAUGCAGCGCCAAAGAGAACAAGGGUAUCCAGGAGGUCUUUGACCUGGCCAUCAACACCGCCAUUCAGAUGGAAGAGGAGAGUUACGAGGCGAAACCGGACAAGAAAGGCGUGAAAGUCAAGAAGGCCAAGAAGAGGAAGUGUGUUUUCUUAUGA